ACUGCUCGAUCCGGAGACGAGCGCACUAACCAUGAGGCCAUUGUGUCUCUCUUGACCUGUAUCGUUAUCUAACACAAUGGCUUGAGAAAUUGAGGGGGCCUGGAAGGAAUUGUCAAAUACUGAGUCUUUGAUUCAGGGACCAGCCUUGUUAUGUCAUUACAGUUUCUAAGGCCUUAGAUUAACUUGUCACCCUUAGGCUACACUGGAAAUUGUUCAUGCUAAUUAAAAUACUUCUGUUGCAUCUUUAGGGGCACAACAUGGAGGCACACUACUGUUCCAUCUUCCGGUCAUUGGAGUCAGAGGUACUGUUCAAAUGCCUCAUGUUGAGGAGCCAUAACCUAUGGAAUCAGAGCAACCAAGAAUGGCAAGGUUAUCCUCGACAGGAUGCUGAUAGUAAAGAAUCAAGUAUUUGCUGCCUUCUGGGAGGAACCAAAAAUUUGUUGGACAGUUUGUCAUCAAAGAAGCCAGUUGCAGAGGGGCAUUUUGAUGCUCUAACUUCUACAACGAUUGGCAAGUAUCAUGACAACAUCGAACAACUGCAGGUGCUAUCCAAACAUGUCUGGGUCAAUGGAGACUUUCUUGAUAACCGCUAUGAAGUGGAAAGGUGAGUCAGUCUUAUUUUGUCCCCUUUAUAGUGGUCUGCCUGUUGAUAUGCCAGAUCUUGGUAGUAAUAAGACUUAACUAGGCCAACUGCUGUGUGGAAGUAGGGGGCUUUGUUAAAUAGUGUCGUGUUGUGGCUGAAGUACGUGGAUCUAGUCUUAAUGAACGUCCCACAUUAGUAUCAGGUUGUUAUUUGACACUCAAAUAGAGUUUCAUCAU